ACAUAUUAAUCCAUCAAACUAUAUUGUAUAAUUAUUUUUCUUGCUUAAUUUUCAAAAAAUGUCCUGCACUAACAACUCUUCUCUUUGCUACUACAACUUUUAUUUCUCCAAAAAUUAGUAGCAUGAAUGGGAAAUGACAGAUAUCUCAUCAAGUUUGCAUCAAGAUCAAGAAGAAGAAGCAAGAUGUGACUGGGAUUUUCGUCUUUCUACUGUAAUUUCAUCUUGCAAUAGUAUUGGUGGAUCUGGCUGUGACGCACUUGGUGUGUUAGAAUUUGAUCCUUGUGAUAAUUUCCUAGCUUCCGGUGGAAUUGCUAGGAAAAUUCGAAUUUACAGUGUAAAUUCGCUCUUACAAAAAGAGAGAGAAGGCGAAAGGGGCACCAAUACUGAUGCGCCUGUCGCUUUAGAUCAUGCCAAUGCAUGUGACUUUUUUAUUUGUACUCCAGCGAGACUCGGUAGCUUAAAGUGGAAACCCGGUUUGGGGAGUCGGGUUCUAGGGUCGGGUGAUUACGAUGGAGUAGUCAUGGAAUAUGACCUAGAGAAGAAAAUGCCCUUUUUCGAGCGGGAUGAGCAUGGUGGUAGGCGGGUUUGGAGCAUUGACUAUUGCCAUUCGGAUCCGGUUUUGGGUGCAUCCGGAUCGGACGAUGGAACCAUGCAAAUGUGGGACCCGCGCUGCGGUGACAACGGGAAGUGUUUAUCUAUGGUACAACCUAGCAAGCAAUAUAGUCCGGUGUGUUGCGUGGAAUUCAAUCCUUUCAAAGGGCCAAUCGUAGCCGCUGGAUGCGCUGACCGGAGGAUCUACACGUACGAUAUGAGGAAAAUGGUUGAUCCUCUCUUCGUCCUGGACGGACAUCAGAAAGCAGUUACUUACAUUCGAUUUCUUGAUGAACGUACGAUUGUUUCUUCGAGCAUAGACGGGUGUUUAAAAAUGUGGAAUAUGGAGGACCAACAACGGGUUAUUCGGAUUUAUAAAGGGCACAAUAAUAGUAGGAGGUUCGUCGGGUUAUCGGUAUGGAGACCGGGUGGAUUAAUUUGUUGUGGCUCGGAAAGUAAUCAAGUUUUUGUCUAUGACAAGAGAUGGGGUGAGCCAAUAUGGGUCUAUGGUCGCGAACCCAUGGGUCUUAUCGGGCAUGACCAUGGGUUCGUCAGUAGCGUAUGUUGGCAACAAAAGGACGAAAAUCAAUGUACGCUCGUGGCUGGAGAUUCAGAUGGUGUUUUGCGAGUUUUUACUGGCAAGAAAUGAUUAAUUAUUCAAUGAUGGAUGCAAUAUUAAACUGCACUGAUUAUAUAUUCAGUGACGUACGCAGAGAAGAGUCAAGUCUUUCCAUGAGUAUUGGGCAAAAUGUGUACUAGUUACUAGUAUUAUUUUUCAUGAGAAGUCAUAGAAACCAUGGCCAACCCAAAAAGGUACCCAUUAUUUUCUUUUUUUCAAUUCUUCUAAUUCUCUCAUUAAUAGGAAUUAGAGGAAUUGUUUGCCACUUACAUUUGUCUGAAAUAGAUAGAGGAUAUGAUUCUAUAUAUAGAAAAAUAUCUCAAGAAAAAAAGGGAAAAUUAAAUUGCAAUACUAUUUUAUUCCUUUUUCUGUCUUCAAUUGUAAUAAAAGGGAAUAUUAAUUACUGAC